AUGGUUCAUGAAAUUCGUUUUACUGAUCGAUCUCUAAUAACUGGUUUAUCUCAAAUCUUUUGUUCUAGUCCCUUUUUUACGCUAUGCUCCUUUUUAAUUAUUAUCGGUAUUUCAUCUGUGAUACCAUUAGCAUUUAUCUGGUUGAUACAAUGUCUUUUUUUGAAUAUUUCUUUUAUUUCAAUUGAAUCGCCUAUUUUACGUACGACACUUACUAUAUGGUCAAUAGCUGAAGUUAUUUUUUUUGUUUAUCAAUGUUAUUUAUAUACAAAAAUUCAACAUCCAAUAACAGCACCGCAUGUAACAUCAACAGAACGUAAUCAACUUGUAUCUUAUGCCCUUACAAAUAUGAAAAAUGUACCACAUACGUUAAGUAAAUGGUUUAUGGAUUGUCCUUUUCAAGAUAUUGAUCGAGAAAGUAUAGUAGGAUGGCUUGCAUUUGCAUUUUAUUCUAAAGAAUAUGAAGAAUUAAAUGAUGAUGAAUAUAAAGAGAUUGAUGCUUUUAUUGAAAAACUGGAAGAUCAACAUCAAUUAAAAGCAACUAUUGAUAAAUCAAAUAAAAAAAUAUUUUGUAUGAAACAUAUUCUUGAUCCUGUUCGUGCUAUUUUUCGUCCAUUAGUUUUUUAUUUUGUUACGGAUACAAUAUUGAAUGGGAUACUUAAUAGAAGUAUCUUUUAUCUAAGAGGAUAUCAAUUUGUUCAAAUAGGUCAUUUGCAAUUUUGGACAUAUUAUAAUAAAUCAAGUCAUGGAGAAGAAGAAGAAGAGCCAAUUAUUUUCUUUCAUGGCAUUGGUGCUGGUCUACUUAUGUAUCAGCCAUUUAUCUCAUGUAUUCAUCAGAGAUUUUCUCGGAAUCGUCGUAUUAUACUUAUAUCAAUGAGAUGUGUAUCUAUGCGUUAUCCAUCUUUGAAAGAUAUUCCAAAUAUGUCUGAAACAGCUGAUUCAAUGAAACUGAUAUUUGAUUAUUAUAAAAUGAAUAAAGCUAUUUUUAUUGGUCAUAGUUAUGGUACGGCAUGUCUUUCGUGGAUUGUACAAAAAUGUCCACAAUAUAUAUCACGUUUAAUCUUUCUUGAUCCAAUUUGUUUUGCAUUAUUUGAACCUUACGUUGUUUAUAAUUUUGUCUAUCGUACGCCAUACAAAUUGGCUCAUCUCUAUAUGUAUUAUUUUGUUUGUCGUGAGUUGGGUAUAUCGUAUGUAGUCAGUCGUCAUUUUUGGUGGACACAAAAUAAUUUAUAUAUUGAACAAAUACCUUCAUGUUCAAAUAAAAAACUUCCGACGUAUAUUUUUUUAUCUGGACAUGAUUGUAUUAUUAAUGCAAAUUUAGUUCGAGACUAUCUUAUUAAUAAUCAUAUGGACUAUUAUUGGGCACCAAAUCUUUCUCACGGUAGUUUUAUGCAUGAUUAUAAUAGUUGGAAAAAAAUAUGUGAAUGGAUCUCGUGA